AUGACCUCCACCGAAAGUGCCCAGUAUCACCAAGCAUUCACCGACCUCCGAUUAGAAUCCGCCUCCCAAAUUCGUCUGGUCGAGUUGCUUCCCGGACCACUGCACAGCCCAAUCGUCUGCAAGCUCAAGCGAGUUCAAUGUGACGAAUCUCUCGAGUACAAUUGCCUCUCGUACACGUGGGGCAGCGACGCAGACCCGAUCAUCAUCCAGCUCAAAGCCGAGGGCGGGAACGUAGCGGAUAUCAGCGUCACUCGCAAUCUCGGCAUCGCAUUACGGCACUUACGACAAGAGGACGGGCCGCGAACCCUGUGGAUCGACGCGCUGUGCAUCAACCAGAAUGAUGUCGAGGAAAAGAGACAGCAAGUUGCGUUGAUGCCGGUGAUCUACGGAAGCGCCGACCGUGUGCUGGUGUGGCUCGGCCCUGGGACGCAUGGCAGUGACAAGAUCAUGGAAGAGUUUGAAAAACACGAAAGCCAGGAGGAUUUUGGCGAAAGGCUGUUCGAAGAAAAGAAUGCCAGACUACGUCGAGCUUUGGAGGCACUGCUGGAGCGGGAUUACUGGAGUAGAGCUUGGGUUGUGCAGGAGAUCUUCAAAGCCAAAGAAAUCACUUUACUCUGUGGCCAAAAGUCGGCCUCAUGGACAAGCGUCACAUCCUCCAUGGCAGCAUUUGUCCAGAAGCGAAUAGAAAUGAUGAACCAAACAGAGGGACCUACGGUGGUCAGCGACAGAACGGUGGCCAUGAGGCCGCAAACAUUGGACACGCUUGGUCAUUUAUCCACUUAUCGACUUUAUCCAGAGCAUGAGAGGGGGCCGUUAUGGCUUUUUCAGAUGCUCCUUCGACUUCGGCAUUUCAAAUGCAAGGACCCAAGAGAUAAAAUCUUCAGCCUCCUUGGCCUUGUGGACCCGGAGAGUCUUCUUACAGACCAUUCUCAGCGACCGGCCAUCUAUGUUGACUAUCAUCUGUCACAUCGUGAUGUGUCUACUCGGCUGUUCGAGUGGUGUGUCACUCCGAAUCCCCAAAAAAGACUGUCACCGGAGGGGCAUGGUGGUAUCCUGAAUAUCUUGUGCGCGAGCCAGCCUGCUCAGUCAGACCAGUUCCCGUCCUGGUUGCCCGACUUCUCAAAGGAUGAUGGGACCUCUCCUUGGCCUACAUUCCCCUUGCAGGCGCAGGCCAGGUUUCCGUGCGAGAAGCCGACAUUCUCCGAUGACUACUCAGUCCUCUCGAUUAAAGCCCGGAGAAUCACCGUGCUUGAGGAGCAUGGUAUGACCAGCAGAUUUGACGACUGCCAUGCGGCUGACGAUAUCGGCCUACUGGCCCGUCUGCAUGCAUGCAUGGAGCUGUCAUUGGAAUUUAAGCUGGGUUUAGGCAUUAGGAGGACUUCGUUCUGGGACGUGCUUGUGCUGGGGGGGCACAGCGCAGCCCACGUCCUCAGCUAUCUCAUCCUCGCACAGCCCAGGGUCAACUUUCGCGACCCUGUGUCAGUAGAGGAAGCGCUCAAGGUCGGCAUCAGCAAACAGGUCGGGGGAGUGAUCCUCUUCAUCAACGACUUCCGACAAAAGUCGUUCCGGAGACGUUUCGCUUUCGUGAAUCUUGAUGGCCGCUAUUACGGCGCGAUGGUACCCGCUGCCGCUCAGCCAGGAGAUGUUGUUUACCUGCUAGGAGAUUGUGACUAUCCUGUCCUUCUCCGUAGCGAGAAUUCACAUCCCGGCAAAUUUGUUUUCGUUGGGCCUUGCUGCAUACCUGACUGGAAGGUAGGGUCCGUGGACGGAUAUGGAGAAAUCGAGACGGUGUCUUUAAGCUAG